AGUUGAUUGGGAGAGAACUGGUUUUGCCACUUCUCUGCCUUACUCUUUCAUCAUAAGUCAGGGCCAGGCAGGUAGCUUUUGCAAUGCAGGAAUCUCCGUCAGCCCUUUGGUUCUGGUGAAAGCCUCGCACCAAGGCCACCACGCGAGUGCCUCCAUGCCUCAGGCCUGUGGCCACCAAGCUGAGAGACUUGCAGAGCGACGGAGCUGAGCCUGCGAGCCAGCCAGGGUCUGGGAGCAGGAUUGCCUCCGGGGGAAAUGGAGCGGAGAUUUCUUGGCAGAAAAGCAGCUCUCUCUUUGGAGCUCCUGCUUCUGCUCUGUGUUUCCCUUCCGCAAGAGAUACCUGCUAAAGAAGUUAAUCUUCUGGACACAAGCACUGCUCAGAAUGAACUAGGCUGGUUGCCAGACCCUUCAGAUUCAGGGUGGAGUGAGGUGCAACAGAUGAUAAAUGGGACUCCUAUAUAUAUGUACCAGGACUGCAGCGUCCUCUCUGAAGGAGACACCGACCACUGGCUCCGCACAAACUGGAUCUUCCGAGGGGAGGCCUCUUCUCGCAUCUUUGUGGAACUGAAAUUCACCAUUCGAGAUUGCAAGAGUUUCAAAGGAGAGAUGGUGAGCUGCAAGGAGACAUUCAACCUCUACUACAUGGAAUCAGACCAAGAUGUUGGCAUCCAGUUCCGCCGUCCUCUCUUCAAUAAAGUCAACACUGUGGCAGGUGACCGCAUUUUCACAGCUCGAGAUGUUGAGAUGGGGGCCUUGCAGUUGAACAUGGAGGUAUGCUCCAUCACGAAGCUACAGCAGCGGGGGUUUUAUCUGGCUUUCCAGAACUCAGGAGCCUGCGUGGCGUUGGUUUCCGUGAGAGUGUAUUACAAGACCUGUUCGGACACCCUUAGUGGACUGGCCCAUUUUCCAGAGACGCUUGCCAGUGCUGAGGGACUAAAGGAAGUGCCUGGUGUCUGUCUGAAGGACGCGGCUGAGGAGAUGGGUGUCCCACCCAAGAUGCACUGCAGUCCCAGUGGGGAGUGGUUGGUGCCAGUGGGCAGAUGCUUAUGUGUCAUUGGUUUUGAAGAGGUCAGAGGAAGAUGUGUGGCCUGCCAGCCCGGCUUCUAUCGCCAUUCACUAGAAAUGAAGCAGUGCCUCAAAUGUCCUCCCAACAGCUUCUCCAGCUCUCCUACAGCCACGGGCUGCCCCUGCAUCCAAGGCUUCUUUCGGACAUCCACCGAGGAUCAAACUGUGGCCUGCACAAGGCCUCCUUCUGCUCCCUGCAAUCUCAACUUCUCCCUUGUGGGGACACAGAUAUCCCUUUGGUGGCAGCCCCCCCUUGAUAAGGGUGGGCGCCAGGAUCUCACUUACAAUGUUUUCUGCCAACGUUGCCAUUUUCUGGUGUGCGAACCUUGUGAAAGUAGUGUGACUUUUUCCCCCAGUGGUUUAGGCCUCCCCAGGCCAAGUGUGAUCGUGGAUGGUUUGGAAGCUAACACCAAUUAUAGCUUCACUGUACAGGCUCAUAAUGGAGUAUCAAGGCUCAGCCCUGCCUCACAUAACAGCACCAGUUCCCCCAUCUUGGUUUCUGUGCUCCAUGCAGCCCCAGUUGAGGUGACCAAUGUUGUUUUGGAUAAGCGGAAUGACAGCAGCCUCUCAGUGACUUGGCUCCCUUCCCGUCAUCGCAGCCAGAGCUCUGUGAGCUAUGAAGUCUUGUACUUUGAGAAGGGAGAAGAAAAACACUACACUGUUCAUCAUCUUCAGAAACCUCAAGUGACCCUGGCCAACCUGCAGCCUGACACAGCCUACCUGCUGCGUGUGCGCUCCAUCACACCAUUAGGAGCUGGACCGUAUUCCCAGGAGCAGGAAUUUCGCACUCUGCGGCAAGACACUGGUAUGCUUUCUGGAGGUGUGAUUGUAUCAAUCAUCUGUGGAAUCCUGUUGUUCAUUGGGCUGAUCACAGGGCUCAUAAUCUUCCGUCGAAGGCGAGCUCAUCAUCACCGAGCACGACCAUGUCACAAUGGCUACAACCGAGCUUUUGUUACAGAUCAGAUUUGGUUGGAACCUUAUGUAGAUCUCCAGCCAUAUGAGGAUCCCAGCAGGUGUGUCUUAGAAUUCACAAAGGAACUGGACCCAUCUAUUGUCUCCAUUGAGACCGUUAUUGGUGAAGGAGAAUUUGGGGAGGUCUACUGUGGUGCCCUGCACUUCCCAGGGAAGGAACGAAUUGUUGUGGCCAUCAAGACCUUGAAGUCAACUUACUCAGACUCAACCUGGUGGAAUUUCCUCCGUGAGGCAACUAUCAUGGGCCAAUUCAAUCAUCACAACAUUGUCCGGUUAGAGGGAGUUGUCACAAAACGAAAGCCAAUGAUGAUUAUCACAGAAUACAUGGAAAAUGGGGCCCUAGACACCUUUUUAAGGGAGAACAUGGACAAGUUCAACUCGGUGCAGUUAGUGACAAUGCUGCAGGGUAUUGCCUCAGGGAUGACCUAUCUGUCAGACCGCAACUAUGUACAUCGUGAUCUAGCUGCCCGCAACAUCUUGGUAUCUAACACCCUUCAGUGCAAAGUGUCAGAUUUUGGUCUUUCUCGGAUCCUGGAAAAUGAUGUGGAAGGAACAUAUGAAACAAAGGGUGGAAAGAUCCCUAUUCGAUGGACAGCUCCGGAGGCCAUUGCCAAUCGAAUCUUCACCUCUGCCAGUGAUGUCUGGAGUUUUGGCAUUGUCAUGUGGGAGGUGUUUUCAUAUGGAGACAAACCAUAUGGGGACAUGUCCAAUCAAGAGGUGAUGAAAAGCAUAGAGGAUGGAUACCGACUCCCCCCACCGGUGGACUGCCCCUCCAUCCUUUAUGAUCUGAUGAAAGUGUGUUGGUCAUAUGAUCGGACACGGAGGCCACGUUUCCGGGAGAUCCAUGCUCAGCUAGAGCACUUCCUUUCCAGCCCACAUUUGCUUCGAACUGUGGCUGACUUUGACCCUCGGGUGACACUUCGACUUCCAAGCUGCAGUGGGUCUGAUGGGAUUCCUUAUCGGUCUAUCUCCGAGUGGUUGGAAUCCAUCCGUAUGAAACGCUACCUCCACAACUUCCAUACUGCUGGCCUGAACACCAUGGAAUCUGUCCUGGAUCUGUCUGCUGAGGACUUGAAGCAAAUGGGCGUGGGUCUUCCUGGCCACCAGAAGCGGAUUCUGUGCAGCAUCCAGGGAUUCAAAGAGUGACAGGUCUCGCCCUACGGUGCCGAGCAGGAGUUGCGGCUGUAUCCCAUUGCAGAAGACAAAAAAGGUGACCCUGUGGCUGUCCUCCUGUGAAUCAGAGGCCAGGGGCGACAGCUGCACCUUGUGCAAAAUUGAAAUAUAGCCCACAGGUUGGGGCUGAGUAGCCUGGAACAGGAAACGAUUUCCUGCACAGGAAGCCAGAAAGUGGCACAUGCUUCAAAAGCAGAUGUUGCUCUUUUAUUUUCUUACUUUCCACUUUUGCAGAGGCUUCUUGCUUGACAUACUUUAUAGCUACUGAGGACAUGACACGACACUGUAAGGAGACGCUGAUGUCCCUCUGCCAGUAAAACCAUCCCUAACUGGAAAGGACCUUUUCUGAUGCAAACUCUGGGCCUCAAGACGUCCGGGGCCGGCAUGGGGUGGGAGACCAUUAUUGUUUGCACAGAGCACAAGGGCCAAAUCCUCUGUCUUCUGACCUGUCUUUGUCAUCUAGUAGGUUAGUUCUCAUCAGUCUGUUCCCAGUUCAUGUUCCUUUGUACGGAUGGUUUUUUUUCUCUCUGCAACCUACUCCUUCGAGCAGAAAAGGCUUGUUUACAGCAGACCAGCACCUGCUCUUGGGAGGUUUUUUUCCUCAAGUUGAGGACCUGCUUAUAUAUUUAAAAUAUCAGGAAGGGAUGGCAUAACGGAGAAAACCCAGGCCUGGAAUGAUCAUAUGUUGUAUAUAUGAUUUUGUAAAUAAACUCCUAAUGCAGAUCAGAUACUGAGUUUUUGUCCCAUGAAUCAUUUCCAUUUUUAAAAGUUGGCUAUUAAAAACAUCACAGAAGGGAAAGGUAAGUUUUCUGCUGCACAUUGUAGAAAGAAGGAAAUGCUUAAAAGCUUAAGACAUAUUUUGUAAAUAUUUUGUGCAAUGUAUAGCAGUAUUACAGACAGAUCUGAAAAUAGGAAUACUUACUGAGUAUUAGAGUCGCAGAAAGGGAUUGUUUGGAACCAUAAAUACAAGACAGGGAGAGAUGUUAGUCAAAGGUUCUCAUUAUUUAGCCUAGGUGCAUGUCAAUACCCUAAAAAACAGCCCAGCUGGCAGGGGAAGGAGAACAUCUGAAGAAAGAUACAUAUCUUUGGGCAGGAAAUGAUAAUCAACGAAGAUAGGAAGCAAAAGAACGAUGAUUAGAUCUUGCUUCUUGCAUUAAGUGAGCAGUCUUCUUUAAUGGCCUUGAUAUUCAGGGAAGUGGUCCCUCCAUCACUUUCUCCAGUUUUCAUAGUAAUCAGUUACUCUUUAGUGUAAAAUUAAAUUCAGCAUGAGCCCAAAAUAUGGACUUUUUACAAUACCUCCAGUCUGACCUCUUAGCUCAACGGUCCCCAACCAUUUAUUUAUUUAUUUAUUUAUCAAAUGUCUCACCACCCAUCUUGUUGAAAAGCCACUCUGGGGUCAAAUGGCACAUUUUUUGCGUAUAUUGUCAAUGUUCAGUGAAAAGGGCUGAUAUAGAGGUUUGUUCAUUUGUGAAACAAUUCAUCUAGUAGGAGUAGCUAAUCUCAACACUUUGCCUUUAUAAGAAGGGAAACUAAUGAGGUUGCUCAUGUCACCCUUUACAGCCCUCCAAAGUAGUCAUUUUCCACCCCAGUUUACCAUUUUUUUUCUGGACAGAUGUAAAUUUUACCAAGCAAGCUCUGUAGUGUAGGUACUUGACAUUUUAAAUUUCCAAGAAAGCUUCUGUGGAAUCCAAGAUGAUCUUGGAGGCUGGUGAUUUCCUUUGCACUAUGCCAGGCUUUUUAUUGUGUAAAUUUAAAAUCAUGUUAAAAAAGAAAUUAAAAACUAGAGUGCAACAGGGGGCCUAGCAUAAACUAAAGAUGGUAUCCACAGGCACACUUACACUUAUGAGUGCCACAGUGAGGAUUCUGGUGUUCACUUCUAUACCAAAGGCACAGGAAGGCCUUUUCUACCUAUUCUGUCAAAGAAAUUCCAAGCGUGCAGCACUGAAACCAUUAAUAGUUCUAGGUCAGGUUCUACACAAAACU